AAUCCAUUUAACCGGUGGCUCGCCCGGACGGCUUCGGCUGCACACCAACACACAAACGCAAGAAGAGGAGGGAGAGAGAAAUAAUUCAGCAGGCAGCGGAAGCAGCACGAGCGCGAAGCGGAAGCAGCAGCAGCGAGCGAGGUUCUGGCUAAUAUCUAAAGGUCUUUAUCAGCAUUUCAAGUUAUGAGCCUUGCCUUUUUAGUUUUUACCUGAUUCUACAAGGCGAUGAACGGAGCCCAUCCCUGGACCUCCAUGUCUGGGGGUGCAUGCUCUAACCUUGGACUUGUUGCCAGGGAGAUGAAUGGUAGUGUUCCAAUUAGCACUAUGAAUUCCUCUGGGCCAAGCAUUGGAGUUAGCUCUUUGGUGACUGACGCCAACUCGUCGCUUUCCGGAGGUGCCCAGUUACAACCAAGUACUAGCAUGAAUGGUGAUUCAUUCAUGCGUGUUCCCGCCUCCCCAAUGUCAUUUUCAUCCAAUAACAUCUCUGGCUCUUCAGUCAUUGAUGGUUCCAUCAUGCAGCAAAGUCCACCCCAAGAUCAGGUGCAGAAACGGAGGUCUUCAAGUGUAACAUCACAACCUGUGAUUGAUGCUGGUGGUGCAUUGCAUGCUCAGAAGAAAUCAAGGACUGAUGUUAGUCAGGGUGAUAUCGUGCAACAACAGCUGAUCCAGCAGCUGGUCCAUGGUCAGAAUCCUCUCCAUUUCCAGGGGCAACAAAACCCGCAGCUCCAAGCUUUGAUCCAGCAGCAUAAACUGGCACAGCUUCAGCAACGGCAGCAGCAACAUCUGUUGCAACCUUUUUCUCAGAUGCAACAACCACAAGUUGGUAUUCCUCGACAGCCUCAACUUAGGCCACCACUGGCACAGCCUGGAAUGCAGUUAGGUGGCCCUGUUAGGACUCCUAUCGAGAAUGGGAUUUGCUCUCGCAGGAUACUGCAGUAUUUAUUUCACAAGCGUCAUCGCCCAGAGAAUAACUCUAUAACAUACUGGAGGAAGCUUGUUGAGGAGUAUUUUGCACCACGAGCAAGAGAAAGAUGGUGUGUCUCGUCUUAUGAAAAUAGAGGGAGUUCUUCAGCUGCUGCUCCACAGAGAGCUCUGGAUACAUGGCGAUGCGAUAUUUGCAAUACACAUGGGGGUAAAGGAUAUGAUGCUACCUAUGAAGUACUUCCUAGGCUGUGCCAAAUUAGAUUUGACCACGGUGUUAUUGACGAAUACCUGUACUUUGACUCCCCCAAUGAAUUUCGGUUACCUAAUGGACAAAUGGUGCUGGAGCAUGCAAAAGUUGUUCAAAAAAGUGUUUAUGAACAUCUACAUGUUAUACAUGAGGGGCAUCUGAGAAUCAUUUUCACACCAGAACUGAAGAUAAUGUCCUGGGAGUUCUGCUCACGACGCCAUGAAGAGUAUACCACUCGCAAGACUAUAGCACCACAGGUUAAUAAUCUGCUGCAAGUUGCCCAGAAAUACCAAACUGCUGUCAAUGAAAGUGGACCAGCUGGGAUAUCAAACAAUGACGCACAAACCAUCUGUAACAUGUUUGCCACUGCAUCACGGCAGCUAGCAAAAAAUCUAGAGCAUCACACCUUGAAUGAACAUGGGCUUUCCAAAAGAUAUGUACGCUGCCUGCAGAUAUCGGAGGUGGUGAAUCACAUGAAGGACUUGAUUGAGUUCAGCCACAAGAACAAUCUUGGUCCGAAAGAGAGCCUGAAUAGUUAUUCUAAAACUAUUGCGAAGUUUCAGAAUAUGCAUGAUUCAAGACAGCUCAUGGCUGCUGCUAGCCUUGCCAAUAACCAGAGCAACACCAAAGUAAUGGGGGUCCAGCAAGAGGCAAGUGCUUCUGUGAACAAUCAGACUCCUGGUGUUGGAGCCAUUGGCAUUAGCACUCUACAGAAUGCCACAGCUCUAAACAGUUACCAGAACAUACUCAGAAGCUCCAGCGCAAAUCAGAUUUUGCUUCAGCAGGAGGCGUCAAGCAUCUUCAGAGGCUCUGCAGCAAUGCAGAAUGGCAUACAGCUGGAAGCAGCCAGAUCCUUCCAUGGACCUGGCCAAGCGCAGCUUGCACAAUUCCAACACCCUGCAUCAUUUCAGCAGCCUAUGCUGCAGCAAAACAAUCUCCAGGGCUUUGGUGCUAGUCCACAAUACCAGCAGCACGUGCUUAAUCAGCUGCUGCAGGAAGUUAAGAAGAAUAACAACCGUUCUAUUGCGCAGCAACCUCCUCCAGAUGCACCUAAUGCAAGCAGUGGUCGCGCAUCAGGACCUGCUACCCCCAAUGUUGCUGCUUCUGGGGAGCAGGCGCAGCGCAUCAGUAACAAUAACAGUAACAACAACAGCGCGGUAAAAAGUGCUGCUCCAGCUGGUACUGGGCCUAGUAAUGUGAUCAACAAUAACACAGCCAGCAUCGUCCCCAGCAGAAACAACAGUUUCAAGUCAGUGAGCAGCAAUCCAGCUGUUGUUGCUACUGGAGGCAAUGCUGCAAACUCAAAGGUUGACGACUCCUUCCAUGAACUGGAGGACCUUGACCAUCUGAUCGCUAACGAGCUGGUGGAAAGCGGGCUGUUCGGUGCAGGGCAGGGUAGUAACGCGUUACCGUGGUAAACAUCACGGUAUGUUUGAUGUAAAGCGCUAAGCAACAAUAGCCUGCUUGGUUGCUGGCAAGUGGUGAUGGAAAGUUGCCCUAGGUUCUAGUUUAAUAUCUUCUUUCUCGUUUUGGAGCUUUUGUAUUGCCGUUUCGGACAGUUUCAUAUGAUCAUACACUGAUGUAACUUCAGAUGUGUGAGUGAGAAUAGAGAGUUGGAUUUGGCUUGGGAAUCUGGGAGCGGUGCAGCCAAUAGCUUUUAGGGUAUCUAUGGCGACAUGUUAAUUAAUGACAUGCAGUGAUUAUCACAAGUUCACUACAUUACCUCUGUCAUGUAUAUCAUGUCCAUGCCAGAAUGCUAAUUACAAUCUCCUGUUACCUGCGACAGGCGUGUGUUUCCCA